CGCAUUGACUGGCCCGCGCAAGAAGAGCGUCAAGAACGGGCUGGAAGAUUAUGACACCCUCCUUGCCUGGGAAAGGCCCCUUACUCUCGAGAGUUUGAUAGUUGUUGGAGUCGCUGCUGGUAUGGUUUUGGGUGAUCUUAUCGUUUAUUGGCGUUUCGGUGGUCUUUUAUCUUUUUUUUUGUUUUUGAUGUGUACUUUGUUAAGUUUUAGUGGUAUUUUUGUUUUGGGUGCAUCUAUUCGCACGCAUUACUUUGUGGGUGCGAAGCAUGAACCUGUUGGUGGCGCUGCUCGGUUUGCUACAGCGAUUAAAGAAUUUAGAGAAAGUUAUGGUGAAAAUUCAUGCGUAUUCUUUAGUGGUGAUGCUUUUAACCCAUCAAUUGAAAGUAGCGUUAGUAAAGGAAUGCACAUGAUACCGGCGAUGAAUGCUCUUGGAAUUGAUGCUUCUUGUCUUGGAAACCAUGAUUUCGAUUUUGGAGUACCAACUCUUAAAGAAUUGAUAGCAAGGUCUAAUUUUCCUUGGCUUCUUUCUAAUGUUGUUGAUUCGGUAACUGAUGAACCUGUGGUCGGAAAUUGGCUUGAUACCAUUCCUAAUCUUCCAUCAACUAUAAAAUAUAAAGAUUUCGUUAGUGUUGGAAAAGAGCUUUCUGCACAGUUGCGCGACCCCAACGGUCCUCACGUCGUUGACCUUAUUAUUGCUCUCACACAUUGUCGGCUAUCGAAUGAUAUUAUACUUGCCAAGCAGUGUAAAGAUGAUAUUGACUUGAUGCUUGGAGGACACGAUCAUUUUUAUUACAUUGGUAAAGGAUGUGAUGUUAUUCAUGGGUGGAACAGAAACGAAUCUGAGAUUGAUGAAUCUAAGAGUGAUGAUGGAAUACGACUCGUGAAGAGUGGAACUGAUUUCAGAGAAUUAAGUAUCGUAGAACUCGAUAUUGAUGAAAAUACCAAUGCAGGAGGACGAACUCUUAAAAAAAUAAAAAAUAUAACUGUGACACGACGAAAAAUUACCUCAUCUAUUGUUGAAGAUGAAAGUCUGUUAGAAUUGAUUGAAUCAGCAACAUCAGAGAUCAGAGAAUCAAUGACAAAACCUGUAGCUUACACCGAAACAACAUGGGAUUGUCGUUCCUCAAUGCUUCGUACGCAAGAGACAGCAUUUGGAAACUUUGUUGCGGAUUUAAUGUUUUAUGCCUAUAAACCAUGUAUUCCUUAUAAUAUUGAUUGUGCUAUCUUAUGCGCUGGAACUAUCCGAUCGGAUUCAUUAUAUGAUGGAGAAAUCACAUUGGGAGAUUUGCUCGAAAUAUUUCCGUUUGAAGACACAGUUGUUGUUAUUCGUGUCACUGGACGUCAGCUAUGGGACGUGCUGCAAAGUGCCGUUUCAAUGGUUCCUAAACAAGAAGGUCGGUUUCCGGUUGUAAGCGGGUUAAAAAUAGAAUAUAAUCGCAAUGCAGAACCCGGCGAUCGUUUGCGAAAUGUAUGGUUUACCGAAAGACAAAUUGAUGACGAAGGUGAAGAUGAAACCAUAUCUGAUGAUCCUGGCCCACAUCGAAUUAUCGGAAAGCUUGAUAUGCAAAAGACAUAUACAGUUUGUACGCGAGCUUAUUUGGCAUCAGGUAACGAUGGCUACAAAGCCUUCGCUGAACCAACUACACAAUACCUUGUGGAUGAUGAGAAUGGAGUGAUUCUUUCCACUUUAGUCCGACGAUAUUUCAUUGGCCUUUAUUACAUUAAUGCGAUGAAGUAUAAUAUGAGCUGUGAAAAUCGCACGAAAGAAGCAGUUAUUAAGGCCGCUAAUUCAUGGAAAAAAUUUACCGAGACAAGACGAGAGAAAUCAGCGUAUGGAAAUAUAUCUAGUCGAAGAAUCAGUAGUGCAUUAUCUCUCUCUAUGAUGGAAAUGGUACCAAAGAAAGUAGAGUUUGUGAAGGAUUGGGUUACUGUUGCACCAAUGAUUGAAGGUAGAAUUGUAGCCGUGGAUUUUUAA